GUGACCGGGACUUUCAAUCAAACAUGCUAAAUCUGGGUCUCAUUGCUGCAGCCAUCAUUUCCUCUUUGUUAGGAAUGACAACCCAAUCAUUCAUAGUAAUAGUACAUCUUGUAGACCAUCUGAAAGGACGAUUGUUGAGUCCUGUUGACCAAAUUCUGCUCUCCCUUGGGAUUGUGAGACUGUGCUUUGAGGUUUUCUCAUUGGUCGAUGCGUUUUUUAUUAUUCUCUUUCAAAAUGUAUUUCCUUUACCCGUAAUGAUAUUUCUCUACCUGAUCGUGAACGCAUCCAACUUAUCCAAUAUUUGGCUGACAACUGUGUUUUCUGUCAUCUUCUGCCUAAAAAUUGCCAAUUUCCACAACGCUUUCUUCUUGCGCCUGAAGAACGGUCUAUCUCAGCAAGUUGUCCGUUUGAUUAUAGGUUCGAUUUUGCUGUCCAUUUGUUAUAUGUCACUGUUUUUGUGGGUUGAUAGUUACCUAAAUCCACCUAAGCAACUCCGCAGUCAUGGCAAAAAUGAGACUGAAUAUUUGACCCAUGUGUUCAUUUUUGUAGCGAUGGGAAAUAGCUUUCCGUUCAUUAUAUAUUCCAGCUCAACAAUUCUUCUCAUUGCUUCUCUGUUCCUUCACAUGAAACAGAUGAAAUCCAACUCUAACGUUACAGCCAGUCUGGACACUUACUAUAAAGCUAUCAAGUUCAUGUCUUUUUGCCUUCUUUGCUUUUUGUUACUUCUGGCCACCAAUGUGGUUAUUUUGUACUACUACAAAUCCCUUAACGCAAUAGCACUCUUUAUUAUUUGGCACGUUUUUCCAACCCUGCAUUCAAUUUACCUGAUCUACAGAACAAACAAGUUAAGAGAAUGUUUCUUGAGAAUCCUACCUUGUAGAACCAACUGCCAGGUCAACGGAAGACGUUCCGAGCUCGAGUCAAGAAACCAAUUGGAAACAAUCCGUCGUUGAGGUCUUUUUGGUAACACAUCAUUAUUUUUAGUAUUAGAGUUUAUUAAUUUGCU